AUCAGUAGGGUCACUGUUGGGAUCUUGGAGAUGGGAGCUGCCCGAUACCCCCUUGCCGGCAGUCUUUCUUCAUCAGGCGUUUUUAUCACAUCCGGUUCCCGUCAACGGCCAUCAACCACAACAAUGCAGCCGUGGCUUCUCACGAGGUAGCCGGUUAGACAGCAUCACCUGCCCUGCUGCAACCCCUCCAUGUCAGUCACCUCCAUCCCCAUUCAUGGAUCCGCCGCCCAUCCCCGUGAGCAACGGCGGCACUACUAGCAACCAGCGCCGCCCGGCCUGCGAGCUCGCCAGCCUCCCCGCAGAGCUCCUGCUGUUCAUCGCUGGCUUCGUCGCCAGCGCGCAGGACCUCUCGGCGCUGUCGCGGGCGAGCCGGCGGCUGUACCGCGACCUGCUGCGGCACCGCUACCGGCUCGGCGUGCAGGCCCACGGCCCGUCGCUGGUGACGUGGGCCAUCCGGCGCCGGCGGAUGGGCACGGUGCGCGACGCCCUCGACGCCGCCGCCGCCAUCGCCGCUGGCAGAGGAGGAGGUGCCGCCGCCGCGACGAGGUGCCCGCAGUGCGCCAACGCGCCCAGUCCGCUGGAGCUCGCGGCUCAGUACAACUUUGAGGACGUGGUCGCGCUGCUGCUGGGGGCUGCUACGGCGGCCACGCGUGAUGAUGAUCGCGGCGGCGGCGACGGCGGAGGGGAUGAAGGCGGAGGAGGAGGAGAGGAAGAAGCAGGGGCUGGAGAACAAGAAGAGGGAGAGGGAGCAGAGGUAAUAAACAUCAACGUCAACGCCCGCUCGCCCAAGGGCCAGGCGGCACUAUGCUGGGCCGCGGCGCAUCGCAACGCGGCGCUCGCGCGCAUGCUCCUGCGCGUCCACGGCAUCGACCUCGAGACGCGGGACCCCUACGGCCGCACGCCGCUCGCCAACGCGGCAGGCCACGGCGACAUGACGCUCGUGGAGAUGCUGCUCGCCCACGGCGCCGACGCCAACAGCCCGCUGCGGCCCGUCGUCGAGCGUGGCUCCGGCGGCGGCGACUCCGACGUUGAUGGCACCACCGCCACCACCACCAUCGUGGUGGAUGCGGCGAUCCAGGCCGUCGUGUCGCGGCUGCUUCAAGAUCGCGGCGGGUGCGUGGACGAUGACAACGACGCGGGGAGGAGGCUGUUACUGGGCCUAGCCAAGGACUCGGAUGUAGACGCGGGCAGCAGCGGCGGCGGUAACGGCAACGAGUCCUGCAGCGUGCCGCUGCUGCUGGCCGUGGGGUCGGGCCAUGCGGACGUUGCGAGGACGCUCGUCGCGCACGGCGCGCACCUGCAUCUCGAGGCCACUGCGGAGGAAGGACGAGGGGGACACGCCGGCAAGAUGGAGGAGUGCCGCUGUGGCGAGACGUACGCGUAGGGGGCAGCCGGGUUCAAAUGUAUGCACGAGACCCCUCGCUAUGAUGCCGUUGUGGCAUGGACGGGGAAUGGCACGGGCAAGUUCUGCAGCUGACUGGAUAGAAGAAGGGGCAACGUAUUUUGCAAGUUAGGUUAGGUAACCAAGUUAAGUCGUAGAUGAUGCUUACGAGGCAAAACUUUGUCGAAGGGGGAUUCAAUGAUAACACUCCCCACGCACGUACUUUUGCAGCGCCUACAAAGUACAU